AUGGCCGGUGAGGAGGGUUCGUUCAAGCGGCGAAUCACAAGAAGCAUGACGGCGAUGGCCAAGGAAGUGUUUCCCGCCGGCGAGGAGCGUGCGCUAAAGCAGUGCCAGCACGGUCCGAUGCUCAAGUCUUGUGGCACCAAAAGGAAGGCUCCAAUUAAGGUAUGCAACUACAAGAGGAAAGCGGCCGGCGGGAUCCAUUUGUAUCAGGGAUCUGGAAAGAAGCUGCGGCGGCUGCCGCAGGAGGAGGUCGAUUGGAUCCUUGCUGAUAGGGCCAAUGAAGAUCGUGCCCCUGCCGAGGUCAAGGCCCUGAGACGCCUACAUCGUGGCCUGUGGCCUUCGCUGGAGGAGGAGGAGAAGACCGACGGUUACGGCCCUCGCGCCUACAUCGAAACCGAAGAGGAAUUCUGCAGAUUCCAGGCCUGGGUCCGCCGCGAGUACGACCAGCAUGGCUACGUUGAGGUUGAUACCAAGCUCCUCGCUGCCAGGGCCAAGGUCCGAUCGUGCAGCGACCAAGCACGGCAGAAGGAACUAGCAAAAUUCGACUUCAACGGCCACGAAGAUCUCAAGCGAUUCUUUGCCCCACUUUAGUCGUCCUACAUCUGG